GCUACUUAUGCACACAUAAAAAUUACGUUGGCGCUUCAACUCCAAGACGCGCUGUGCGUUCCUCUUCCAAAGAUCAACAUGAUGUCUGCCAUUGACACGGGUACCUCUGUGUACCAACCAGCAAAACUACUGAACUGGCUUUACACGUCGCUACAUGACACGCAACAGACCAAUACCUUCGAUGCGUUCCGAACGGAAUCGGAGAGUUCUCCACGCGACCGGAACAACAAACAGCGGUCCGAGGCUGCUGUCGACCUGAGCACUGCGCUCAACUCUAACUAUCUCAUCAACUUCGUGCAACUUCAGAGGAAUGAGGCCUUAAACAGCAACUUGUAUAAACGCUCCUCGCUCAACAACAUCAUAGACGGCCUGAGUUCUCUGACAGACCACUUCUCUGACCUCUCCGUCUCCUCUGAGCCACGCAAAUCCAGCAAGCAACCGCCGCCCAACUACCUGUGCCAUCUCUGUUUCAACAAAGGACACUACAUCAAAGACUGCCCUCAGGCUCGUCCUAAAGGGGAAGGCCUGACCCCAUAUCAGGGCAAGAAGAGAUGUUUUGGGGAAUACAAGUGCCCUAAAUGCAAGAGGAAGUGGAUGAGUGGAAACUCCUGGGCCAACAUGGGACAAGAAUGCAUCAAGUGCCACAUCAACGUUUACCCUCAGAAGCAGAGACCUCUGGAGAAACCUGAUGGGUUAGAUGUUUCAGACCAGAGCAAGGAGCACCCACAGCACCUGUGUGAAAGAUGCAAGGUCCUUGGCUACUACUGUCGUCGCGUGCAAUAAAAACCUGUCGUUAUCUGGUUCAUGGAGUUGCCCUCUAGACACUGAUCUUGGGUCAGUUUAGUAUUUUCUCCACCAAUGGUUAAGGUCAGGUCUGGGGGAGGGGAAGCUGUACCUAGAGUAAACUUCACCCUGGAGCCAAGUUCACUUCCCUGGCCUUAAGUUCACUUAAACCU